AUGGGCAGCGAAGCUUUCCGCUACUGCGCUUCUUUGCAGGAAGUGAAUAUUGAAGAAGGAAACCUGACAGAGAUUGGAGACUGGGCUUUUGAUGACUGUGUCAAAUUACAUACAAUCCAAAUUCCUUCCACUGUUGAGCGCGUUCAGAAAUAUGUAUUCAGUAGCUGCAAUUCUUUGCGUGUAAUGCAGUUUCAGAAUGGUCCCAAGUAUCUUUCAGAGAAUGCCUUUUACUCAUGCAAGAAUCUUCAAUCAGUUGCACUGCCGGAAUCCGUAGAAGAGAUUGACCUCUGUGCUUUUGACGACUGUCCCAAGUUGGUGUCAGUGGAAUUGACAAGGGGUAGCAGAUCUGUGACGAUACAUCACCAGGUCUUUGCGGAAUGCACGUCUUUAGUAAACAUAUGUCUUCCCUCCGAAUCCCGAUUAGCCCUGACAAAUUCUAACAAGGUCAGCCUCAACAGUUUCACGGGCUGCAGUGCGCUGCACAACCAGUAUGGCAGCACGAACAUCCCGCUUGCGCUCCAGCAACGUUUUGACAACUUUCCCAUACACAAGAAAUGUUAUCACGCUUCUGGUACAACAACAGGUGAGCUGGCUUGGGAGAUUGAGUCAUCAAUGCGAGCAUCGCAAGAAAGCAAUACAAACUUCGACUUUUUGGUCGAUCCAUUUGGUAUGACACCCUUUCACGUUCUCCUGUCGGCUGCCAUCUGCAAGCUUGAUCUAUUGGAAGUUCUACUAGAUGCGUACCCAUCAAAUGUACUUGGAUGGAUAGACGUCAACGGAAAGACUGCUGUUGAAUACUUGAUCCAACGAAGCUUUCGUCAAUCUGAAAGACUCCCGAACAAUGCUUCGAAUGGUUCUUCAUCGAUGGUUGGUGUGUUCUCCAUCAAGUUGGAACACAUUGGAAGCGUGGGAAUUGGACAUGUCGAGUAG